ACUUUCGAAUUAGAGAGUCGGCGCGGAAACGGUGCUUAGGGCGGUCGGAGCUAGCACUUGGCCUCGGUCGAGCUAGGCCUGGCUUCCCCUUACCUGCUGCAGGAAGAGGGUGGUUUUACUGAGGAAGGCUGUUCCCAGGCAGUAGAUGGAGCGCCAGGCCAGCAGUCCGGAAGAUUCACCUUCAGCUGUGCCCCUGUCUACUUCGGACAUUACUUUAUCACCGGUUAUUCCUAUCAUACCAACCACUUCCUUACCAUGGGAAUUGACACAAAUUACAAGUGGCUUUGCACCCUUAAACCAGAAAUAUGGACAGAAUGGUGAAGAAUUGGAGCGUGCUGACUACAAUGAGAGUGAAGCUCUUCGUCAAGCACUAGCGCAUAUGAGGAAUGUGCCGAGAAAAGGAGCAGCUGUGGAGAGACACUUGCAAACUGUGGAAAACAUUGCUUGGAACUCUGGAUUGGCACCCGAAGACAUUGACACGCUGUUAGAUGUGGCACUGACCGGCCCGUUUGCUGAAGUGGUGAAAACUCGGUUGUUGAAGUGCCUCAUUCCAGCGACUCUGAUACCCGAAAGUGCUGUGGUUAGAGCCUUCUCCAGGCUCUGUGCUAGCAAUUGUUCUACUAACAUAAAGAUACUCUUUUUUCGAUGGCUGAUUGCGAUGUUUGACUUCAUUGAUCAUAAGGAGAAAAUGAAUUCUCUCUAUGGCUUCUUCUUUUCCUUUCUGCAAGAGGAAACUAUGAGUUUUUACGUCUGUAACUUAUUGUAUCUGCUGACCAGGAGGGAGAACGUCAAACCCUUUCGUGUGAGAAAAUUGAUUGAACUCCAGGCCAGAGUGGGGUCGCAGCCUUAUCUCCAGGCCCUGCUGCUGUUGUAUAAGUCCUUUCGCCCUGACUUGAUUGCCAUCUCUUUGCCUCUGAGAAGGAAGUUCUGCUUUAAGACUGCAGAUAGCAUCUGGCAGGCAGCCGUCUUUUAUGUGAAGCAAAGAAAUCAGCAUUCCCCAUUACCAUCUAUGACAUUAGCUGUUGACCCAUGUGAUAGCCAGCCUCGCAAAAAGAAAUGGAAUUCCAGCUACAUUAUCCCAGUGCCGACCAGCAGUCACAUCUGCGAGGGAGAACAGGAUAAGGAACGUGGCUCAGCCAGCCUGGAUGUGAUGCUUAGUGGUCAGACAUUCUUUCCCUUAGAACAGCUCCACACAUUCUCUCAGCUCUUGGAGAACAUCCAGGACAUUCAGCUUCCAUCCCAGAUGUGCUCGGUGCUCAAGAGCCCUCCAUUACUACACUAUCUGAAUUGUAUCCAAGAUGAGACCGUCUGGCUGCGGCUUUAUUACUGGAUGAAUGGAGCAUUAAAAGAAGGAUGUACUUGGUACAAGGUCAGUAAUCGCACAUCUGAAGAAGAGUUCAGGAAGUUUCUGGACAUUAUCAUCAAUGCACAGUGUUUCUUACAGGAGGGCUUUCCUUCCAGCGAGGUGUUCCUGUAUAAGAGCCUGCCUAUAUGGGAUGGCACCUCUUGUCAAACAGAGUACCUGCAGCUUCUCAGCUGGAUUCCCUUGGGGAGUUUCUCUGAAAUCAAGCCGUUUCUCUGGGACUCCCUGACACAGCUCUUCUUUACGUCCUCCAUUUUUCACAAGUGCAGCAUUCUUUAUAACCUGACACGGUUGCUGCAGAACUGGCUGUUGUGGCAUGCUACAGAGAUCAGAAUGAGCACAUCUCCGGACACUGUCAUGAUUGCCCUAAAUUCUGUGAGUGAACUGAUCUACUAUGUGGGAUGGCUGUCCACGAUUGCUCUGCGCUUGGAGAAAAACAGUAGUUUCUUGCUCCACUUUAUUUUGGAUUUCUUUGAGAUAGUGUCUGACGCGUAUCUCAAUUAUAACCUUCCGUUAUUGGUGAUAUUUCCACGUGGGGUCUUCUAUCCAGCGCUGCUCACCUCAAACACCAUCACCCUCAACCAUCUCUGUUAUAUUAUGUACAGGUAUCGUGUCAACCUGACUGCUGCCAAGGAAAAUGAAUUGAUACGCCAGGAAAGGCUGAAGUUCAACAAAACCUACCAAGAUUUUAAUGAAUAUGUGACCGCCUUGGUGGACUGCCUGUGGACAUCCACAUCCUUUGAGAAAGACCGCUAUCUCUACAUAGCUCCUCAGAUCCUAGAAAAGACUAAAAUACGGGAAUAUUGGAAGAGUUUCAAUCUAAUUAAUCAUCCUGCCUUACUGGCCUACUCCGUCUACUUCCUGCUUCAGGGCUGGCCAAAAGAAAAGGAACUUUCUUUGGUUUCCAUUCAGAAAAAGAAAUGGAACUGGUACUUGGACUAUCUCCUUUUGGAGGAGCUGCAUGGCCUUCACCUUUUCAUGCAGAGCAGCCUCAACGUUGCUGACAACAGCUCAUCAGCCCACACGCACCCUGCUAGACCGAAGACGUGCAUCACGGAGCCAGUUUGAGCUUAGGACAAAUGAAACUCGCCACAGAGAAACCGUACGACAGUAAGACAGUAAAGCGAGGUGCUGAAAUGAUGGUGCAAAGAGAGGCGACUACAUCUGCCCAGAAAGUGGUAGAGGAAAAAGAAUGAAGAUGGAGAUGCUGCCGAGUAAAACUACUGUGGUGUUGAUGUAGAGACAGAGUAGGGGUCGCACUGCAGACGGAGCACUUCCUCUUUGAGGUAAUAGCCAGAUGCCUUCGUUAUUGAGUAUAAAAUUGGAUCAUUGAUCACACGUAGUGUUGGUGUUCUAAAGAUUACUGCCUAAUUUUAUUUCCACACUUUUUUAAAGUGAAAAGACAUUCUUAUGUUCUCACUUUGUGGACUUUGUUUUGGGCACAGACAAAAAAGUUUAUCAUGUUUGAGGCAUUUGGAGAAUUUGUAAAAUUGUAUAAACUCUGGUUCUUGGCUAGAAA